GCGGUGAGCCGUUCUCUGCGUCCGGGCGGCGGCCGCGGCGGCGUCACUCGGCCGAGGAAGCACGCCGUGGGGGCACGCUCCCUCCUCGUCCCUGUCCCUGACUCGUGCCCGGGCACUUCUGAGGCUGCAAGAGAGCAGGAGGGCGGCGAGGAUGGCGUCUCGCGACGGGCCCAUGGUGACGGGCACGGACGGCACGGACUUCGUGCACAGGGAGACCGUGGCCUCCCACUACCACAUUAGCUGGCCUCUCAAGAAGAAAGUGUCAGAAGUUGUGCUGAACAAAGGACGGCUAAGAAAAUGUGUGUUUUCACACCUCCUUCUGGCCCUCCUGAUGGUGGUGAAGAUGGUUCCCGACUUUCUCGACAGAUUGGACAUAUUCGUACUCGAAAUUGAAGAAUUAGAAGUUCCGCAGCCUCUCAAAUGGGAAUACGUGUGGCUUGUCGGAUCCCUUGCCAGUUUCCUCGGCCUGAUUGCUAUAAGAAAAAAUAGAGUAUUGCUUCUACAGAUAUACUUUGGUCUUAUCAACCUCUUCUCAACGGUGCCAAUUCUCUUGGCUGCCAUGAUCUAUUUCUCCGAAUUCGUUAAAUACUGCUCUGAGGAGGAGCCUGCAGGUCUACAGCUAUGGCAGGUUGGUGAACCUAUAAGGCUUUGGGAUAUUUUAACUGGAAUUAGCAAUGGCUGUGAUGGACCGAGUUGCUGCUAACACCACACAGUGACA